AUGUUUCUCUUCUUUGUUCUUCCUUUGUGCAUCACUGUCGCCUUUACAAACCCAUCCUGUACACCAGGCUUCUACUUGAGUGGUACCCAAUGUCGUAAAUGUCAAAUAGGCUCCUACUGUCCAGAUGGUCAAACUCAAUUAACUUGUCCACCGGGAAGCUAUACAGAUCUCUAUGAACAGAGUCAAUGUCGUUUAUGUCGUCCCGGUUGGUAUCAAUUUAAAUCAGGUUCUACAGUCUGUCUACGCUGUGGUCUCGGCUGUUCAUGUGCUAAUUCAACACAACUACCAGAACAAUGUGACGUUGGAACAUAUGCUGAUCUUUACGGUCAAACUCAAUGUCGUCAAUGUCGAAAAGGUUAUUACAAUGUCAAAAAGGGGGCAACUUACUGCACAAAAUGUCCUUUAGGUCACGAAUGUGCAAAUUCAAAAGUAGCACCGAUACCAUGUCCGAUUGGCUUUUACAAUGCACUCUAUGAACAGACAAAAUGUCGUCCGUGCAUAAAAGGUUCAACAACACAAACAGUGGGGCAAACCGCCUGUAUAAAUGUCGUUGGUUAA